AAUCGCCGUCGUCUGUUAUUAUUUUUGUGCCAGGUUUCAGGAAUCAGCAUAUGUGUCUAGUAAUUUUGUGCUUUACAGUGUAGUACGAAAAUAUAAUUUAUUAAUUGAAGUUUAAGACAUUUAAAUUAGUACUCAUGUUACCUGUUCACUCUAAAGACAGAGAUUACGGCACAGGAAGACGGCAUCGGAUCAAAGAAAAAGCUCAAUCAUGGUUUCGGGAGAAUCAGCUCACGUUAAUAUUAGCUGACAAAACUUCAAGGAAUUUAUUUUGUUUUUUGAUGCUCAAUCUCUCAUUUGCUUUUGUAGAAUUAUUCUAUGGUGUGUGGACAAACAGUUUAGGACUCAUAUCUGACUCAUUUCAUAUGUUUUUUGAUUGCACAGCUCUAUUAGCUGGCUUAGCUGCAUCUGUGAUUACUAAAUGGCGAGCAAAUGAUCGAUAUCCAUACGGGUACGUCAGAGCUGAAGUGUUAGCUGGCUUUGUAAAUGGCCUCUUCCUUUUAUUUAUAGCAUUCUUCAUUUUCUCUGAAGCUGUCGAAAGAGCGAUAGAGCCUCCUGAAGUAAAGCAUGAAAGGCUUUUUGUUGUUUCAGUGCUUGGUUUUCUUGUUAAUUUAGUAGGAAUAUUUGCUUUUCAACAUGGGCAUAAUCAUUCACAUGGUGGAGGAGAUCAUGGUCACAGCCAUGGUGGACAAUCACAUAAUCACGAGCAUGGUCAUAACCAUUCCCAUGGUUUUGGGAAUGAUAAAAGUGAAGAGCAACCAACAAAUGGUGGAAAUAGUCAGAUUAUGCAUGGUGUGUUCCUUCAUAUCUUAGCUGAUACAUUAGGAAGCGUCGGCGUUAUUGUAUCAGCCAUUUUAAUGAGCCAGUUUGGUUGGAUGAUUGCAGAUCCCAUAUGUUCAAUGUUUAUCGCUACUCUGAUUGGUUUCAGUGUGAUUCCUUUGCUUAAAGAUUCUACUAGUGUUUUAAUGCAAAGGACACCUAAAGCUUUAGAUCAUGUUCUUCCUGGUGUUUACCAAAGAGUAAUGCAACUUGAUGGAGUUUAUAGUGUUCAAGAACCUAGAUUUUGGACAUUAUGUAGCAAUGUUUAUAUUGGUACGAUAAAAUUAGAAGUUGCUCCUACUGCAGAUGCUAGAUACUUAUUAAGCCACACUCACAAUAUUUUUACUCAAGUUGGUGUGCGGCAACUCUAUGUACAGAUCGAUUACGCUUUAGUGUAGCAUAACAAAUUGAAACUAUUAUGGAUUUUACUUAAUUACCUUUUUGUUUACACCUUUGUUUGGUGGGGAAAUUUUGUGAGAGAGGCUAGGAAGUGGAUGGCCUUGAAGAAUUAUUGAACUUUUUAAACUUUUUUUUUUGUCUGGAUGUCAUUGAAAAUCAUUCUGUAUUUGGAUGCAUGGUGUAUAAAUAUUGUGGGUGCUGCAUCUGUUAGACUUCAUCUUAGCUAGUCUAAAAUAUCAUCGAUAAAUUAUAUAUUUUUUACUUCCAAGCACUUUCAUAAACAUUGUUGUUAAUUACUGUUAUUAUUUAAAUUUUGUUUUAACAUUUUAUGUAAUAUUUUGUAAUAAAUAUCAAUAUGACAGGUAUCGUUCUUUUUAAAUUAUUUGUUUAGAAUUUGGCAUUUAUUUCAUGAGGAUUAUUUAGUGCAUUGUUUACUCUAUCAUAGAAGAAAACUGUCUUUCAACAAAAUAAAAUUUUUUUAAAAAAGUAAAAAAUUUUAUUUUAUACCUCCUAAAUUGCUAUGAAAUAAGUAUAUUUAAAAUAUGUUAAAAGCUAUUCUUUUUUUAUUUUAUCAUGAAAAAAUUGGUCUAUCUUAAACAUUAAUAUGAGAGAAAGGGACAUUAGAAAAUAGUGUGUACUAAAUUAAAUUAAAUUUUAUCAUGCCUAAAUGUAAUUAAUUACCAUUUUGAAUGCACUUUUUAUAUUAAUUAUGUUACUUAGAAGUUCUUUAAAUAUAGUCCAACAAACUGGCAAUUAAUUUUCCAAACAACAAUUUAAUGCUCAAAAAUUAAAUUUAAUUGUUUAAAAAAUGCAUAUUAUAAUACAUUUUCUAACCUUAUUUCAUUUUUAACUAAUAAAAAUGGAGGUUUUACAUUUGCAAAUUAUUUCAUCUGUACAAUUGUAAUUUUCAGUUUGAAGUAUAUUUAAGGGAAAAUAGAUUUUAUUAGUUUUUCUUAUAAUAUAUUCAACUUCAUUACUGUAAAUUAAGGUGUAAAUUUAAAAAUUUGCGAUGAAAAUGUUAAGAAAUGAAGGAUUGUAAAUCUGAAGUCUUGACCUUGCUAAAGCUACACAAGUUUCUGAAAGACCUUUUUUUUAAAAUUUUUAUAUUUUAAGAUGUACGAUACGGUAAACUAGUUGAAGAGUGAUAUUUCUAUACUUCUUUGUUUCCCUCAAUGCUUUUUCAAAAUUUUUAAAACUAUUUCUUUUCUAUGCAUCAUUUAGUAUAUCUUUACUUCAACACUGAUUAUGUGAUCUGAACAUGAGAUAAAAUAGCUUGUUCUGUUAAAAAAAAUUCUAAAUUUAAAGUUAGUUUUUUCUGUGUGAGAUUAUCAAAAGUUUUUUAAGUGUUUAUUUUUGUUUUAAUAUAAUUUCUUCUCUGUUAAAAAUAAUGAAUAAAUCAAAUUGUUUUUUUUUAUACAAUUAAAUGCAUGUAUUUUUUUAAAUUAUUUUUUCUCUCCAUUCAAUAAAUAUGAUCUCAGUUCUUUAAAGUAGGGGUCACAAUUAUUUUCCAAAGAAAGGCACAGACGUUUUUUUUUUUGGGCUGCAGCAAAUUUAGUUUUUAUUUUAACUAAUAUUAAUUUAAUUAUUUCUUAUUGUAAUAAGAACAAUAUCAAUUUGGAUUAAAUUAAAAGACAAAAUUUAUGCAUAAUAUUUUCCUGUUAACUAACAUAGGAUGUUUUUGGACCUUACUAAAUUUAGAAUUCGUAGCAGGAUUUUAAAUUUCCAUGAGAAAAAAUUAAGUUUAAUAUUUUCUUACCCGUAUCUUUAAAUUUUACAGUGCAUUAUGUUUGUUUUAAACAUGCUUUGGUUAAAGAAAAUUUUCAGUAAAAAAAAUAUCCUAAUUUUGAAAAAGAAAAGUGUUUUGUCAUCUUGAAUUAGUAGCUCUAUAUAUUUGAAUUUAAAUGUUAUAAUAUUAGUAUCUUUUCAAAGUUAAAAUAUAGUUUUUUAAAUUAAUUUUUGGUCAGGAAGCUAUGGGCUGCACAUUCAAGGGUCCCAUACCAUAUUGUGAACCCUUACUUAAAAGCAAUUAAACCAAAAGUUUAUUGAGUGUAUUUUGAGUUUUCAUAUUCUAUAAGUUAGUGAAUUCUUUCUAUUUAUUUGAUAAAGGUUUAACUUAUAAUGUCUUAGAAAAAAAAUUUUCUUUGACCCAUAUUAUAUGUUUUAUCCCAUUUUUUUCCCAUUGUAUUUUUUAGACCUUUCUAUAUCAUUUUCUACUGCCAAUUAUGAUUGAUUGAAUGUAAACAAUAACAAGCUUCCUUACACCUGAAAAAAUUCAUAAAACUUCCGGUGUAUCCUUCCAUUUACUGUUAUGCUUACAAGGUGGUAUGUGAACAGGCAGAAUAUCCAAAGAAGUUUUAUUAUUGUGAUUUUUGUUAAAAUGUAUGCAAAAUUUUACCGUUCAUAAGAGUUUUCUGUAAUUUAUAAGUUUGAACAGUUUGUGAGCCUAAAACAAAUUUAAAAAGCUAAUAUCACAACAAAUAAAGUUAGGUUUCCAUUGUUUUCAGUGUUAUGCCUUAUUUGGCUAUAUUUGUGUAAAAUAUUGCAAUUUGUUGUGUUUUAGGUACCAUUAUUGCAGAGUCUUUCAAAUUCAUUUGUGGUUUCUGUAAAAGCUGAAUUGUAAGAACACGUUAUAUUGUAAGCAUAAGUCUAAUAAUAUUUGAUGAUGUGAUUUUUCAAGCUUAGGCAUAAAAAUCAAUUAGAAGUUGUAACUUGGAAAACUUACGACAAAUUUCAAUUCUUAGAGCCAUCUGCUCUUAGCUUUACAUGGUUAAUGCUCCAUAUUAGUAGCUCUAUUUCCAUUUUCCGAUUUCAUUGACUAAACAUUUUUGAUUAGUUCUAUUUUUUGCUUUUAUGUGCAUAUGUUGGUUUUAUUAUUAUUUAUUUGUGUUAUGGUAUGAUAUUUGUAAAUUUUUGGUAUUAAAGUGAAAUCUGUUUUGUUAAAAGCUUGGUUUAUAAGUUUGAAAUGUGUUAGAAAGUUUAAGUUAUUGACUAAAACAUAAUACUAUUUUAAUUUAUUUACUUAUUUUAUAAUUUAUGUUUUCUUAAUUUUUUUUCAUUAUUUGCAUAUAUAAAAUACUUUCAGUUGUUAUAUAAAUUCCAAUCCUAUUAUAUAGGUCAAUCAAGGUAUAUUUUGAAUAAAAAACUAUUUUCUGAUACAA